CACGUGACAGGGACUCCGGGGCGGGGCCGCCGCCCAAGGCGGAGCCGGGAGUCCGGGCGGCGGCAGCCAUGGCGAUAUUUAGCGUGUAUGUGGUGAACAAAGCUGGCGGUCUGAUUUACCAGCUGGACAGCUACGCGCCGCGGGCCGAGGCCGAGAAGACCUUCAGUUACCCGCUGGAUCUGCUGCUCAAACUACACGACGAGCGCGUGCUGGUGGCCUUCGGCCAGCGGGACGGCAUCCGGGUGGGCCAUGCGGUGUUGGCCAUUAAUGGCGCGGACGUGAACGGCAAGUACACGGCCGAUGGCAAGGAGGUGCUGGAGUAUCUGGGUAAUCCUGCAAACUACCCAGUGUCCAUUCGGUUCGGCCGGCCUCGCCUCACCUCCAAUGAGAAGCUCAUGCUGGCCUCCAUGUUCCACUCGCUUUUUGCCAUUGGCUCCCAGCUGUCUCCUGAGCAGGGGAGCUCAGGCAUUGAGAUGCUGGAGACAGACACAUUCAAACUGCACUGCUUCCAAACGCUGACAGGGAUCAAGUUUGUGGUGCUGGCAGACCCUAGGCAAGCUGGAAUAGAUUCCCUUCUCCGAAAAAUUUACGAGAUUUACUCAGACUUUGCCCUCAAGAAUCCAUUCUACUCCCUGGAAAUGCCCAUCAGGUGUGAGCUGUUUGAUCAGAACCUGAAGCUAGCCCUGGAAGUGGCAGAGAAGGCUGGGACUUUUGGACCUGGAUCUUGAGCAGAACCUGCCUUGGGACCGCCCCCCCCCCCCCCUUCUGUGAUCCUGCAGCAGGGGCCUGCUGUUUCCACGCCAGUGGAAAUCCAACAACUUCGUUAGUGUACUUGAAAAUGCGAGACUGCUGAGCCUGAAGACAUUACUGAUCUCCGAGCCUUUACCAUGCUCUCUUCCCUCCUGUAUAUAUCAUGGCCCUACCUCCUAGCUCUGUACAGGUUUAUUUAUGGAGGAGGUAGGCCCACUAAUCCUGUAAUAAACAUUUCUUUGAUCGUUUGUUUGCUCUCCUGAUGAUUUGGGUCAAAGGCAUGGGAUGGGAGGCAGCAAUGGUAGGGGAGUUCUGGGAAGAGAACUCUGUCCUGGUAGAAACAAACAUGUCCAUCUCAUGAAUGAACAUUAGGACUGCAUUAAGUGAUUUAACUUGCCUAUAGUCUAACAGCUGGGUCUCUAAAAUGAUCAUUCAGCUAUACAGUGUUGAGCUCAAGGUAGAUGAGGCAUGAACCCAUCUAUCUACACUUGAACUUCCUCUUUCUCUUUCGGGAAAAUGGAAUUUCUCCCUUUAGGGGUGGAAAGAACAGGUAUUGACAGUAUUUUUCCAAGCAAAUGUCUCUGUCUUGGCUUAUUCCUACCCCCAACCCCUUUAAAAAAUAAAAUAAAAUAAAACUU